AUGGGUUCCUUCUCUUUAUGUACAUCAAAAAUCUCGAUCAUCAUCAUCACCAUACUUCUCUUAUCAUUUCACCAAUCUUACUCUCAACCCAUCCAAUCUACUCAUCUUCUAGAUCUUAUAAUCAGAGAUUACACCAUUAGAAACUUUAAGCUAAACCUCAACACAGGCACACCACAAAAAAUCCACCUCCCUUCUAAUUUCUCCGGUAUUGAAAUCGACACGGUCAAGUUAAGGUGCGGGAGUUUGAGAAGAUACGGUGCAAGAAUCGGAGAGUUUCACAUCGGCUCAGGCGUGACUGUGAAGCCAUGCCCGGAAAGAGUCAUGCUGGUUAGGCAAAACCUCGGUUCGAAUUGGUCUUCCAUCUACUCUACUGGUUAUAACUUAACCGGUUACAAUUACCAGCUCGUGUCACCGGUACUCGGUUUAUUAGCUUACAAUGCUAACCCUGACGGUGUAGCCACGAACCCUUUCGAGGUUAACGUUUCCGGUACGGAUCAAAACCCAAUUUUGAUCGAUUUCUUGAACAACAAGGCAAGUGGUAACACUAACCCUAGCACUAGCCCUAAGACGAUAACGAAGAACUCAUCAGUCUUGUGUGCGUGUUUCACAAGCAACGGUAACACAACGUUUAGUGAUCAAGUUUCGCCUUAUGUGUGUAAAGGAACAAGACAAGGACAUUACGCUCUCGUGAUGACGAUAGAAGCUCGAAGAAAAGAUGAUGAUAGUGGUGACGGUGGGAUGGUGACGUCAUCGACGGAGGUGAGUGGCGGAGGAGGAAGGUUGAGCCGGUGGAAAGUGGUGGUUGGGAGUGUGAUUGGGUCGGGGAUUGGAGCGAUUCUGCUAGGGAUGUUGGUGGUGGCGAUGUUGGUGAAGGUGAAGAAGAAAGCGGAGAGAGAAGAAAUGGAGAGAAGAGCUUAUGAAGAAGAAGCUCUUCAGGUUUCAAUGGUGGGUCAUGUUAGGGCUCCUACUGCUCCUGGAACUAGAACUCUUCCAAUAACUGCUGAUGAUAGGUAUAAAAACAGUCAUUUGAUUAAUUAACUAUCCUUAAUUAUAUUUUUUUCCCUGAUUUUUCACAAUUUAGUUUUGUUUUAACAUAUAUAUCAAAAUUAGUUUGAAUGAAAUCCAAAAUGAAAUUUCAUCCAAAAUUUUUCUUUUCUUUAAACGGCUAGAAUCUUUUGUUUUCUUUUUUUGUUUCCCUCUGCAAAAGUGAAGAC